AACCCCAGGAAUCUCUUGCGGCUAACUCCAUGCAGGGCCGGGCUUGUGGCUUAGUGGUCCCGGGACGGCCUGCGGCUGCGAGGGCCUGAAGGUCCAGCCCAACAUCGCUGUACACCUGGGGAGUCCGAGACCCAGUGAGAGCAGUGCGGCCCGAGGUGGCCCAGCCCGCAGCAGGACCAACGCCAGUCGCAGGUCUCCUGACUCCCAGCUUGGUGUCCCGCGUCUUCGUGGUAGGUUGAGAUGGCCGAGCAUCUGGCCUGAGCGCUCCCAAGCCACAUCCCUGUGUCCCCGGCGCUGGGGGACAACACAGAACUCGCGCCUGCUUAGAGCCUUCUAGGGAAAAAGCAGCUUCGCGGCAGACCCCGCCCCUUUUGCCCCGGUGACGCGUCUCCGGUUGCCAUGGAGACUGCGCUGUUUACAGCCCAGUUCUGCAAGAAGCCGGAGCUCCGGUUGGGGUAAGGAGGCUCCCAUCCCGAAGUUGUGUAGUAGUUCUUUGUGGCGCUGAGGGACUUUAGAAACCUCAAAUGGCCAAACUACUACAACAUCCACCCAAGUUCUUGCCCUCAGAGUGGCACAUUGCUAACAAGAACCAAUACCACAGAGCAGAGGCCCAAAGGUCCCGGUCCGAACGCCUGGUGGCAGAAAGCCAGAGGCUUGUGAAUGAAAUUGAAAAGACCACAAGAAAAUCUCAAAGCGAUGUGAACAAAAAACUAGAGCAGAGGCUUGAGGAAGUCAGGUUCUGGAAGAAGGAGUUAGAUGGCAAACUUGAGCAGCUGGUGCAUGCGACCGAAAAUCUACUCAUCUAUCAGACCAGACUGGAGAAAGCCCUGGAGAGCUUUAAAGAGCCCUUGCACAUCACUGAGAAGUGUCUGGAAUACAGGGAGAAGCGAGUUGGCGUUGACUUGGUCCACGAUGAGGUGGAGCAGGAGCUGAUCAAGGAGGCCGAGAUCAUCCGGGGGGUGACGGCCCUGCUGACCCGCACCCUGGAGGAGACGUCCGAGCAGAUCAGGCUGAACCGCUCUGCCAAGUACAGUCUUGAAAAGGACUUGAGGGACAAGUUUACAGCCCUGACCAUUGAUGAUAUCUGCUUCUCACUCAACAACAACUCGCCAAACAUCAAAUAUUCUGAGAACGUCGUGAGGGUUGAACCAAACUCUGUGAGUCUGGAAGACUGGUUGGACUUCUCCAACACCAACGUGGAGAAGGCCGACAAGCAGAGGAACAACUCUCUGACGCUGAAGGCCCUCGUGGACCGAAUCUUGUCCCAGACGGCCAACGACCUAAGCAGGCAACGUGACGUGGUGGACACCGCAUUCAGGAAUGGGCUGAAGGAGACCAAGGACGCCAGGGACAAGCUGGCUGUUCAUCUGGCCAAGGUCAUGGAAGAGAUUGCCUCCCAGGAGAAAAAUAUCACAGUUCUCGAAAAAGCCAUCCUUGACCAAGAAGGACCUGCCAAGGUGGCUCAUACACGCCUGGAGACCAGGACACAUCGGCCUAACGUGGAGCUGUGUCGCGACGUUGCACAGUACAGGCUGAUCAAGGAGGUCGAUGAGAUCACCCACAACGUCGCAAGAUUAAAGGAAACAUUAGCCCAAGCUCAAGUAGAGCUGCAAGGCCUGAAUCGCAGGCAGCUCGCCCUGCAGGAGGAGAUCCAAGUCAAAGAGAACACCAUCUACAUCGAUGAAGUGCUGUGUACGCAUAUUAGGAAGUCCAUCCCUCCAAGGGAUGGGGAUGACCACGGGGAGUGGGCCGGGGGCCUUCAACCGGACACUGUCUGCUGA